CUCUGGAGGUGAGCAGGAAACCCAGCCUCCCCCCCCCACCCCCCAAAAAAACUCCAGAGAACACCAAGUGGGAGGGUCUCAGCCCACUCCCCUGUGCCGUGUCGGAGCAGAAACCAAAACCCAGGUUCAGACACCAUAAAGACACGUUGCUGGCUACUUGUACAGGCAGGCAGAGCUGAUGCAAAUCUUUUUAAAUCGGCGAGGAAUGGCCAAGUGGAUGGUAGCUGUAGAGAUUGAUCACUGCUGACCAUGUCCGACGCCAUUCGCUGCACACUGGUGAACUGUAACUGCGAGUGUUUUCAGGCAGGGAAGAUCAACAUACGUCAAUGUGACCAGUGUAAACAUGGAUGGGUGGUACAUGCUCUGGACAAACUGCGAGUGAAUCACCUCUAUCAACAGAGUCAGGUGGAGAUUGUCCAGUCUAACGUUGUUUUUGACAUUAGUAGCCUAAUGCUCUAUGGUACCCAGGCUAUUCCCAUCCGCCUCAAAAUCCUGCUGGAUCGUCUGUUUAGCGUCCUCAAGCAAGAAGAGGUACUCCAGAUCUUACAUUCUCUGGGAUGGACGCUUCAGGAUUACAUCCGUGGCUACAUUCUGCAGGAUGCCUCAGGAAAAGUGCUCGAUCGGUGGAGCAUAAUGACUUAUGAGGAAGAAAUGGUCUCUCUGCACCAGUUCCUUCGUUUUGGAGAAACCAAAUCCAUCGUAGAGCUCAUGGCGAUUCAGGAGAAGGAGGGACAUGCUGUUGUGGUCCCGCCUACCAAAAGUAACUCCGACAUCAGAGCAUUUAUAGAAAGCAGCAAUCAAACCCGAAAUCCUGGUCUAGCCACUCAUUCUGAAAAAGUGAACGUGAACAGUAUUCAUCACUUUGAGAACAUUGUAAACAACCUGGCAUUUAUGUUACCAUUCCAAUUCUUCAAUCCUAUCCCAAUGCCCCUUCUGGGGACAUCUCCGAACAGCUUCCUUCUUGAUCAAUCUCAAGAUAGACCACGAGAAACCAAGCAAGAAAUUCCAAUUCCUAUCAGUAAAAGUUUUCUUUUAAAUACUCAUGCUGAUUCUUUCCAGAGUGCUGAAGAAAACAGCCAGAAUUCCCAAGAGGACAUUAACCUAGAUCUGAAGAAUAAUUCCACCAAUGAGUCCAGCGCUGUGGCUUCUCCUUCACUCAGUGUAACACCAAAACACGAGCUCGAGCAAGCACAUGUGCCUUCUCAUACCAGAGUCAAAUCCAUGGAAAAGGCUAGUUGCCUAACAACCAAGGGACGUGUUUACUGCAGUGCAUGUGAGAAGACCUUUUAUGAUAAAGGCACGUUAAAGAUUCAUUACAAUGCAGUUCACCUGAAAAUUAAACACAGAUGCACAGUGGAAGGUUGUAAUAUGGUUUUCAGUUCCCUACGCAGCCGUAAUCGUCACAGCUCCAAUCCCAACCCCAGGCUUCACAUGCCAACCAUGAAAAACAAUCGUGACAAGGAUCUAAGAAACUGCUCUUUAACAACCGUUAUCCAGGUCAGUAACAAAAAACUUGACAUCGCUAACUGCCCUAGCACGGACACCUGUUCUCUGACAGGAUUUGAUAACCCCCGGGCAGAGUCGAGCCUUCAGAACAAUGCUCUGAGCAGCGUUCCUAACGCCGGGCAUGGCACCAUGUUUCAAAACCUGAAGACCGUGCAGCCAGUCCUUCCUUUCUAUCGCAGCCUUGUGACACCGUCUGAACUUGCUGUCCCUCCAGGCGCCCUCCCUUCUUUACCUGUCACAGCUCCUUCGAUCCCUGAGCAGCUUCCAGCAAGAGACCCAUCAAGGGAUCCCGUACCAAAAAAGAAGUCACGUAAAUCUAGCAUGCCUGUUAAAAUCGAAAAAGAAACUAUGGAAGAACUAGAGGACCCCGAAAGUGGAGCUCCUGACUGUGGCAUGGCUGCACAACUUAGAAGUGACAGUGAGUUUGAGGAUAUGAACAAUGGUUUAGAAGGAACUGAAAGCAGUUUCAAUUAUUUGUCUGAUACAGAAGAACAGAGCCUUAAAGUGCAGCAACAAGACUUGAUGAUUGCUAAUAUGCGAGCAAGUACUGAAGGAAAAUCAGACAAUGUCCCACUUCACUUGGAAAAUGGAGAUGCUUAUGUGAAGACAAAAACUGUAAUCAUUUCGUCCCUUGGGGAUGAGCAAAGGGAGUCUGAACCAGACAGUGGCGAGAACUUGGUAUCUAAAGCAGAAGGUUGGUUGCAGCCAACAAACACUUAUAAGGAAGUGCAGUGCAGGCUGAUCAAUGGAGACUUCAACAGUGCAUUAUUGCAUCAGAGGGCUGGUUCACCAUGUUCCGACAGUCCAGCGGUGAAUGGCUGCACAUGUCCGCAGCCAGUUGCAGAUAAGGGUACUUCUAAUCCUAACUAUUGCUAUGUCUGCAAGAAGGUGUUUAAAAGUUCUUACAGUGUUAAGUUGCAUUACAAAAAUGUGCAUCUAAAGGAGAUGCACAUGUGCACAGUUGGAGGUUGUAACGCAGCUUUCCCUUCAAGGCGCAGUAGGGACAGACAUAGUGCGAACAUCAAUCUUCAUCACAAACUUCUGACCAAAGGCUCAUAUGAGACUCAAACCUUCUUCACCAGCACCCCUAUAACAAAGGAACUUUGCAAAGAUGUUCUGGUAAGAACUCACAUGGGACAGACUCCAGUAACACUGAAAGAAAAGAGCAAAAAUGAACAUUUUGUGUUUUCUCUCAACAACGCUCAGGAGCAGUCCAGCGAUGCCCAAGGAGGAGAUGGGUUUUAUGAUGGGGCUGUGCUGGAUCUUAGCACUACAUCCAGCGUCAAGUCAGGAAGCAGUAUCCAUUCAUGGGAUUCAGAUGCCGGGAGUGAAGAAGGGGUUCCUGUAAAUGAUGUGGAAGGUUUUGAGCGCUCUGAUUUAAUGGUGAAAGAUAAGUUAUACCAGCUAGCUGCUGUGGUCAAGGAGCCUAUUGACCGUUUGAUACAAACCCCUUCUGCUAACUCACCAAUCAUGUGCAACAUCUGCCAGAAGAUGUACAGUAAUAAAGGGACCUUCAGGGCUCAUUACAAAACUGUGCACCUUCGUCAGCUGCACAAGUGCAAAGUGCCUGGUUGCAGCACCAUGUUCUCAUCUGUUCGGAGUCGAAACCGGCACAGUCAGAACCCUAAUUUGCACAAAGACACAUUUUGCAGCUCCAAAGAAAAUCACUAAACUUCCCUGACAUCUCUAAAGAUACUGGAUUUAAAAAUUCCUAUUGAUUUGUCUAACCGGCAUUCGUUAUAGCGAAAGAUAGAAAAUUUUGGAAACUUUCAAGAAACUGCCAAGACUUUUUGUAUUGUGUGGCAAUAUCAACACAUUUUACUGCCUUCUGUGGUCCUCCAAAUGUUUCAAACUUUCUUGUUUUAUAGGUGAUGAAGAUGGGAAUCAAGUGGACCUCAUAGUCCCCUAAAACUUCAAUUUUAUGAAUUAGAUUUUUUUAAACAGCAUGAAAGGCUCUUUGUUGCAAUUCUUUGAUUAUCUGGAUCAAAAGGCACUUUCGAUACUUGCUUUUGGCUCUCGCUCUGUUUGAUUAAAGAUGCCUUUUCAUGUGCACUUAUGCCACCUUUUUCACAUUCCAGCUUCCUGAUUAAAAAGUUUCUUCACUUAUGGAUUGGCAAACGAGGCACAAAAACAUGACCAGAUGCAACCCAUACAUUCCACUUCAACAACAACCUGAGUCUUCAGAACUAUGAUUCCAAUUUACUUCCACAAUGUUAUUGUCGAGAAGUUUUCCUGAGAUUCUGUUACUGUGAAUGUAACUCCCAAUACACAGAACACAAAAAAAACCAAUCAUUUAAUUAAGGCCCUUUUGUUGAGUGAUGGUUCCUCAAUCUGAAUAGGUUGCGUUUAGGCAAAGUGAAGGCUCAGAGAGAACUGAAUUGGAACAUUUUUUUUCGGAUUUUGGUAAGGCUUUGUGAGGUAUAUUGAAAUUAAGGAUGUAACGUGUUUUUCUGGUUGAUGUUUUUGUUGGUGCUUUUAACUUAUUCCAUAACAUUGUAAAUGUUCGACCUUUUUGCUUUUGUAAUAUGGAAAGAUAUUUGGUAUUGGGGCAUCCUAAUGCUCACAAGAUGCCUAAAAAAAAAUCACAGCUUGCCAAAGAUGUAUCCAGUGUGCUAAUCUGUAUAUAAAUACAUCAACAAGUAAUAGUCUUGGCAACAAAUUCUGUUUAAAAUAAUAAAAACAUUUUUUUGUUAAUUCCAAAUAUUGCUUUGUAAGAUUAAACGAUGUAUGAUUUAAAAUUGUGCUGUGUUUCUAUUUAAUGUAUGUAAAUGUGUUGUAUCCAAUUAUUUAAAAAGGAAAAUCUAAACUUAAUUACAA